UACAACCCAGCAGCACAUUUCGCACACAUUUCGGUGAGAGGCUCGAAAUCUAUUAUUGUCGCAAGUUUAUGUCAACAGACACUCGCCUUCAUGUUGAGCAAAAACAAGGAUCUGUCGAAUCUUGGGAAUACGACGAAGUAACUGACGUAUCAUCAGAUCCUCCAUCGUUUUCCACCAAAGAACACUCGACACAUCACAGACGAACUCUUCCAACCAAGACCGAGUCUGGACAGGAAUUCAAGAAAGCCAAAGCUCGUCUGUUACUACGAGAACCGCUUCUCAAUACAGAAGGAGAGGAAGAACUCAUCAUGGAGCGUGAAAAAUCAGACUCUCCUGGUCAAAUGGAAGAUCAGGAGGAAAACGACCUGGUCAGUAUGAUUCAGCCUUUCAACGGGAACUCGCAUGGUCCUGGAAUGGCAAAUAUUCCUUCAUUUGCCAAUGAAUCUCAUUUUCUUGGACCUCGAGACAUUGAUGAAGAAGACGAAGAUGACAGAGACGAGGCAGAGGAAGGUAGGAGCGUCAUUCCAAGUCCAGACCUCAUGGGUAUUUCUUCCGGGCGCGAACCGGAGGGCACGGACGUGGUUGCCUACGAACCUAAUCGCCUAAACAGUGCAAGCCUCGUGCCUCCACCUCACUUGAUGUCCACCUCCAUCGGCGGUGGAUUUUCCACGCCCUCUCCAGAGAUCAGAAACAACCACAUUUCUAACCCCAUCGACGAGAAUUCUGAAGAUGAAGAAAACCCUGCUGUGGUUACGGACAUCGUCGAUAACGACGACGAAGAAGGCAUGGAAGAGAACGAUGUCGCAAUAGACGGUGAUAACCCAGGCGGGGCUAUGAACCAUCCUGGACCCGGUGCGGGACAUCGACUUGACACGCUGGAUUUGGGGUCUGGGGGACCUGGAGGUCCUGGAGCCCAGACCAGACAGGAUGAUGAGGAAGAUGAUGACGAUGAUGAAGAUGAUGAUGGUCAGGGCAACGUGCCCGAGGGAGCCUACGAUCCGGCCGAGUACGAGAACCUGAACGUAUCUCCUGAGAUCCGCGAGCUCUUCUCGUUCAUUACGAAUUACACGCCGCAAGCUAUCGAACUGGAACAUCGACUUCGCCCCUACAUCCCUGACUACAUCCCUGCUGUUGGCGACAUCGAUGCCUUCAUCAAAAUUCUGCCGCCUGACAACUCGGAGACCAAAGUUGGUUUGACUGAGCUCGACGAGCCGAGCGCCCGCCAGAGCGACGCUACGGUACUGGAUCUCCAGCUGCGUUCGCUGGCAAAGCACACAACCACCAAAACUUUGUCCAUCAAGACAGUGGAAAGCGCAGAUAAAAAUCCGAAAGUUAUCGAAAAAUGGGUACGUGACAUCAGCGACUUGCAUCGCGCCAAGCCUGCCCCCACUGUUCAUUACUCGAAGCGCAUGCCAGACAUCGACAGCCUGAUGCAGGAGUGGCCAGGAGAGCUGGAGGAUUUGUUCCAAGAGCUGCGGCUACCCAACGCUGCACUCGAUCUCGACCUUGAGAAUUACGCUGGACUCAUUUGCGCAAUCCUGGACAUACCGGUGUACAAGAGCAAGAUUCAAUCGCUGCACGUCCUCUUCACGCUCUACUCCGAAUUCCGCAACUCCGUGCACUUCCGACGUCUGGCCGAAGAUAAUUACAUGGAUAACGAACAGGGAGAGCGGCUCGUCAUUGAUUGAAAUGCAAGACAGAAAGAAGCAAUCAUAAGUAUAUAUUGUUAUCAAAUGAUUAUUUAUUAUUGAGUAGAAAAGAAUAUUCGUUGGUGGUAUGGCAAGGGAAUUUUAUGGACGAAUUGCCAUGAGUAAUCAAAUUCGACACCCGAGUUGUUGUUUCAGCUCGUAGAUUUCCACUAUGCGAGGAGAUAUUAAAAUGUGAGAUUAGUUUAUACGAAAUUACGUAAAUUUCUACGAUGUGAGAAAUUAAGAGAAUUUGUGGGGAAAAUUAGUCAGCAAGGGACAAAUAGGUAGUUCAUGGCAAAAGGCAACGAAAUUAAUUUACAUCACUGGAGAGCUUCUAACUAUGACAGUAGUUCUGAUCUACUUCUCAGAACAUUCUAUCGAUUUUAAUAGCCGUCCUAAGGCCUAACCAACAGAAAAAUAUCCAUAACAUAUAUGACGCUGAUGCAUGAAUUAGAAUUAUUUACCAAUAUACAAUAUAAUAAAUUUAUAGUGAUUAUUACUUUGAUUUUGGUAUACGCAAAGCGUAUAAAAUCAUUAAUACGCAGUACGUAGCAAAGAUUCCUUCUAAUUAUUGAACUAUGAAGACUUGUGCGUGGCUGAGAGAAUACGUACACGUAUCGCUAUGAAAGAAGCACGACACGUAUCACUAGUCAGCUCGAAUGACAUGACGUCACGAGCCGCUAAUCUAGUCGGACUUAGCCUACAUGCGUUUCGCUAUAUGAAACGUACGAACGGAAGUCGCAUCAACUGAUCUCCAACUAAAAUUAAUGUGUCAGAAUAUAGCAACCUUCUACUUAAAUGAUAAUUGUUUUAGAUUCGGUCCUAAAAAUUGUUCGGUCCUACUUACAAUAAUUGUUUUAGAUUCAGCCCUAAAAUCUGUAGUUGGCAGAAGGUCCAGUCAAUAGGUCCAUGACUAUUUCCUGUUAAUCAUAGAGCUGAGAGGAUCAUUACAGUAAAACAAUUUCUGAGAGCCAAAUUUGUGAUAAAUGUUGGGGAGAUUUAAUUUGAACAAAAAUGGGAAAGUGUAAAAUGAUACGAGUACAAUGGUCGAGACAGAGCUCGUAGCUCAUCAACACAGGUGAAUAAAGGCGCUAACAAAUUUAAGUCACCAAGGUAAAAUAAAACUCAGAGAUUA